AUGGAGAGUCGUGUUCGUCCGAUAAUAAUCAACGACCCAAAUCAGUUGUGUGUUUACAUCAAUCUUCAUGACGAAAAGAAACCAGAGAGCUCGAGCAAGUCGAAAAGUCCAUUGAAAGAUGGACCCGAUUCCCAAAGAAGCAACAUCCGUAGAAAGCUUACAACGCAAAUGCAAAAGCAAGGCUGGGAAUGUGAAGCUCACAUUACCUCGUUCAUUUUUUACAAGGACAUGGCAUCAGACGACAAAAAAUCAGAUCCAGUUGAAAAAGCUCUCAAAGAAUCAGAUCUAGUUGAAAAAGCUCACAAAGAAAUAUCUGUCGCGAUUGAAGAAACAACGAAAACUUAUGAGGGAGCACAAUUUCAGUACGGAAUUAUGAGGCCACUUACGCGUAUUAGAAUGUUUGAAGCCCGCCAAACUGUUGAAGAGCAGCAAAACAAGGCUCAUGAAGAAGGUAUGAAGACCGAAAUCAAGGAGGAAAUCGUCGAGGAAGGCAGCCCGUUCAAUUUGAAUGAUAUGAAGAAUAACCUUCCAUCAACUUCUUCUUAA